CACCACACUGUGCGCUCCGUUCGUGCCAGGAAUAGUUCCGUUAUCACAAGCCACAUUAACAGGCUUACACUCCCCUGAUCGGAUUUUCCACUCCUGAUUUUGCCGGUCGGACAUCAUGUCGCUACUUUGUAAAGAUAGUUAUACAUGACGCUUUUUGCGCAGACCCGUUUGGAGUACACUUUUACGCACUGAACUCAACAUCGGGCUCGCGUUGGAGUGCUGAGAAUUUAACUGUGAGGUUUUCACCUCUUUCUUGACCUCUCUGAGCGACACAAGCCGCCGGUAUGUUUUCACUCUUGUCCUGGAUGUUAUGUUUUUGUGCUCUGGGAUGUGGUCAGCUAACAAACAGGCAGGCGGACGAUGGAAAGCGCUACAUUUGCCGGGCAAUACCCCUCACGGGCGAUGCCAGUUGCCCUGUGACUUUGCUACCCGAGUUAAAUGCCGGGGGUCAAGAAGAAGAGCUCAGAAACACGGUCAUGCAGCUAAGGGAGACGAUUUUACAACAGAAAGAAACGAUUUCCAAACAGAUUGGCACCAUCAACGAGCUUACCACCAAGCUGUCUCUGUGCGCGUCAGCAACCACCGAUAGAAAGUACGACAAAGGGGGAACAUGGGGCAAAGACAAACAAAACACGAUGGGGGACGUUCCCGGGGAUCCAAAUGAAACUAUCGACAAUCUUGGAAAAACCAUGCAGGGGCUCAAGGACCGACUGGAAAACCUUGAGCAACAGCAAAUGAGGGCCAACAUAUCUGGAGCCUCGUUCCCCAGUGAGCUCCGUGACCUGCUGCAGCAACGUCUUGGAGAACUGGAGAAACAGCUCCUGAAAAAAGUCAGCACCUUGGAGGCGGAAAAGAGCAUGCUGUCCAAUGCCACAGCUGCCUACAGGCUGAAAACAGAGAGCACUCUAAACGCAUUGGUAGAGCGGAUCAAUGAGUUGGAGAAAGGCGGAGGAGACUUCAUAUCCCCAGAGCAGUUUAAGCUGUCCCUGCCCCAGCGUACCAACUACUUGUAUGGCCGUAUCACCAAGAGCUUGCCAGAGAUGUAUGCUUUCACUCUCUGCAUGUGGAUCAAGUCCAGCGCUGGCCCUGGCAUAGGCACGCCUUUUUCUUACGGUGUACCAGGGCAAGCAAAUGAGAUUGUGCUGAUUGAAUGGGGCAACAACCCAAUUGAGCUUCUCAUUAAUGACAAGGUUGCUCAGCUUCCCCUGGAGGUACGCGACGGCAGGUGGCACCACAUCUGCAUCUCUUGGACCACGCGAGAUGGUCAGUGGGAGGCUUACCAAGACGGGGAGAAGCUGGGAGCUGGUGACAACCUGGCGGCCUGGCACCCCAUCAAACCUGGAGGAGUGAUCAUCCUGGGGCAGGAGCAGGACGUGGUGGGCGGGCGCUUUGAUGCCGGACAGGCUUUCGUGGGCGAGCUGAGUCAGGUGAACAUUUGGGAUCGCGUUCUGAAGCCCGUCGAGAUCCAGUCUAUGGCCAACUGCACUUCGUACGUCCCUGGGAAUGUCGUCUCCUGGCUGGCGAGCAACGUCGAAGUUUUCGGGAGGGGAGCGUUCAAGCGGCCCUUGGAGAUAUGCCAGGAGAGGUUGCCCAACGCUUAAAAAAACCUCUCAGCCUGUCAUUUGAUUUGUUAAUGUUUCCAUCCAUUCAACUUUUUUUAUUUUAAGUAGUCUGUUCUUACUGUGAGGCAGCUUGUUCAUUUUAUUUUUUUAUAGAUGGAUGCUUUUCGUAGUCUGGUUUACAUUUACAGCUUUGGGAUUACUGAACCAAUUCUGAAAAAGGACAAAAAAAAGACCCCCUGAGAUUACAGCUGUGACAUUUUGACCAUUUGGUGUGAUCCAGCGUUCAGGGCCACACAUCUAAGUGUGUAUUGUUUCGGCCAGGCUGAUCACAAUCACCUCUGCUUGCUGUUUCCAGUGGCAAUUAGAGCGCUCCUUAGUGACAGCAGUUUCUUCAUCACGAUUAGGAUACUUGACUUCAACAGCCGCAGUAACAUAGUCCCCGCAGGUAUUGGUGCUAAGACGUAAAACGACC